CCUCCCUACACUACGGAGUCCCCCCCGUUGCCUCACCCUCCCUUGCCCCCUAUGAUACCAACAGCGAUUGCAUUCGGACAGCAUGUUUGAUGAAAAAGGGUGCUUAGGCAAAUAUUUAGCUAGAGAAAAAAUGAAUUGGUCAUUACGUGUGCGAAAUAUUAUUUAGGCUAUUCCGGUUUACAGAGACGGCAUUCUAAUGUAAGAUAAAUUGAAUGUACUGAAUGUGUAAUAGCUACAGUGGAUGAAUAUUGUUAGCUUGAAUGGUUGGCUAGCUAGCUAAACAUCGGGACUACUAAAUCAACAUUGCAUUGUAGCCUAUCGGAUAUUUUAACGUUCCAUAAUGUAAUGUCAAGUGGAUGCAACGUUACAUUGAUGUUGAUGUCUCAUUGAUUGAACUGAACGAGAGAGGGAAUGUAUUCCGAUACAACCACAGAGACGAGUAGAGGAAUUUGAAUCGACAUAAUCUAUCUGCAGCGGGGCAUCGGGACGGAUGAUGAUGGCUUCGUGGCGACGGACAGCAGCUCUCAUCUGUUUACAAUGGGUGUUCCAGUACACCCUUUGUCGCGAGGUAACCCUUCCCUCCGGACCCCUAUACCGCGUGGCAGGGUUCUCCCUCUCCAUCCCCUGUGCUGUAUCAGGCUACGAGGGUUCCCGAACGCAGGACUUUGAGUGGUUCCUGUACAGGGAGGACUCCCAGGGGAGACAGAUGGGGGUGAUCUCCACCAGGGACCCCGGGUUUCCCUAUGCACCCUUCCAGGCGCGGGUGAGGUCCGGGGAGGUGAGGGUGGAGAGGGACUCGGGGGACAAGGCCAGGCUGGUGUUCCAGAGGCUACGCGCAGAUGACCAGGGACGAUACGAGUGUUACACACCCAGCACAGACUCCAAAUACCAAGGCAACUACAGUGCCUCGGUCGCUGUCAAAGUGAUUCCAGACACUCUCCUGAUUAGCUACUCCCGGUCUCUGACUGGCCAACCCGUGCCAGAGGGGGCGGAGAUAACUCUCACCUGCUCCGCCGCCGUCCAAUCAAAACAGCACACCCACCUGUCCAUCACGUUCGGCGUGCGUGUCAGUGGUAGCGGGUUGGGGUCGGGGUCGGGGACACCGAGAGAAAUCAUAGCUAUCGAUAAGGAACUGAGCGUGACUCCUGGCCGAGGGGACUCCUACCAGAAGAGAUAUGACGAUGGAGAGAUAACGCUGGUGAAGAAGAGUGGAGAUGGAGGGAGAGAUGUCUACGUGAUGAGGCUGAGCGCCGUGGCCCCGGAGGACUCAGGGGCCUACUUCUGUGAGGCGUCGCAGUGGAUCCUGGACCCUGAUGGAGCGUGGCAGAAGAUCGCUCAGAGGACCCUGGAGAUUGGCAACCUGACGGUCCAACCACUUGCUGACUCCCUGACCGUUACGUCCACUCCGCGAGGUGAGGUAACUCUCCAGUUAGGCUCCCCCAUCACUCUGACCUGCGAGGUGUCUGGUUUGGCCCCUGGGGGCCGCUCGGGCCUGCUGGUUCAGUGGAUGAGGAGGGGCACCGUGAGCAGCGAGGACAGGGCAUUGACGGGUGGAGGUGUGGAGGUGGAGGUGGCCCGGUACGGCCCAGACGGGGUGGUGAGCUGGGGAGAUGACUCCAGCCGGGGGGGUCGGAGUGGAGGGGGUUCCAUGGAGAAGGAGGUGGAGGGACGGUACUCUCUCAGGUUGUUCUCUGCCCACCCAGCUGACACGGGGGUGUACCGUUGUGCUGUGAGCGUCUACGCUGGGAGGCUUAACCCGGGACCCUCCAGUGCUGCUACCCUCACACAGAGGUCAGAGGGGGUCACCGUCAACCUCAAGACCAAAGAGGUCAAGGUGUCAGCAGUAGCCAACCUUCCCCGCGGCCCCCUCCUGAAGAGAGGUGAUACCGUCACCCUGCUCUGCAACGUAUCCGUGGUAACCACCGGCCCUGCACAGGUGGAGGUCCAAUGGCUGCAGAGGGCGGUCUUCCCGGCCCAGGAGGGUGGGGCUACAGCAGGGGGUGUGAUCAUAGAGAAGGGUGGUGACAAGCCGUCAGUAGAGGAGAAGGGGACGGUGUUAGCAUCUCUUACCUAUGAGGGCCUAUCCAGGCCAUAUAAGAACCACAGCUCUGAGGUCAGUAUGGACCGGGUGUCUCCAGGCACCUACAGGCUGAGGAUCUUCUCCGCCCAGGACCAGGACCAGGGCCUGUUUGUCUGCCAGGCUGAGGUGUGGGGACAAGACCCCCGUGGAGGAUGGUACAACACCGGGGCCAAGGCCCAGUCAGAGGGUGUCAGGGUCUACCUGUACGCCAGAGCGGCCGACCUGCUCCUCAUCCCCUUGGUUGUGGGCGUGUCCUCUGCCUUGUUUGUGGGCGUGGUCAUCAUCGCCACGGUAACCUGUUGCUUCAUGAAUCGAUUGGCUAGGCAGCGCUCCCCGAAAUAGGAAGUAGGAAGUCACGACAACGUAUAACGUAUAAGUUCACUGAAUGGUCAUCGACGAAGAGGUAAAAAAAAAAGACCGAAAAUAAAACAACUAGUGGACUGUAAAAAGUUUCAAAUCAAGGAAUUGGAACUCUCAGACCUACGCGAUGUCCACAUCCAGAUGUAAAUACGGCUAUGUAACAAAUAGUGUUGAUCUAAUCUGGGACAGUGACCAAGAGAAAGACACUAGCACUACUUCUCCUACCGGUCAUACAGACGUUUGAUUGUUUCACAUGGUACCAUUUCCACUUGUUCCUAAUAUGUUUCAUCCAGCUUGUUUCUGUUGUAUAAACCCCCACCGUAUCAACCUCUUUUCAGACUUCCAUAGCAAACCUAACCAAACAGCUGGCUCUUAUUCAGCACGGUUACAACAACAAUGGUGGAUGCGUAUCUAGGCCAGCACAGAACAGCUUGGUUUGGCUCAGUAGUGUACAAAGCCAGUUAGGUGUUUGAUAUGUCAACACUGUCAGAAAUGGACUAUGAAGUAGUUCAAUCACAAAUGUUGACUUAGAAGAGACACUGAUUAGUUAUCCCUUUUUGUUUUGGUUUAUUUAUUUUCCUUGGCAACCACCCUCUCACAAGAGAGUGGUUUAUAAUAUUCAUAUGACGUUAGCGUUAAAGUUGUAUCGUUCGAAUGGCAUGAUUGUUAAAUGAUAUAUCUGUGUUGCCCAACUCCGGUCCUCGAGUAUCCCCAUCAGAACACAUUUUGUUGUUGUUGUUGUAGCCCCGGACAAAAACACCUGAUUCAACUUGUCAAGGAGCUUGUUGAUUAGUUGACAGAUAGAAUCAGGUGUAUCUUGUCCGGGGGCCACAACGAAAAAUAUGUACUAUUGGGCGUACUCAAGGACCGGAGUUGGACAACGCUGUGAUAUAGGAUUGAAGAUUUAAUGCAAUGCAUGUUGAGGUAGAGUAAGUCUUACACUGCCACUACUACUAACAACAGUCCCUCUAGUCUAAAGAAAACCCAUCUCAGCAAUACCACCGGUGGUAGCGUUAAACCGGUGUUUUAUCGCUAUGAAGUCAACACUGUCACUGUAUAGAAACCGUAGUGCUGUCAAAUUAAAUGGAGUACCAGAAUCUUUUUAAUUCCACUUAAAGCACUGAAUACCUAGACCGCUAUAUCAGGACAGGGAAGUUAAUGUACACUUCCUGUAUUCAAUCAACACUCUGUAAAUACUGGGCUACACUAGUAAACAAAGCCAUUUGUUUGUAUGAGCCUGAUCCCAGAUCUGUUUGUUCUGUUUUGCCAAUUCCUAUUGUUUAUCUAUGGUGCCAAACAUAAGCGUUGUCAAGAUGAGACGAACAAGUCUAGGAUCAGGUUAGGACUCGGCCAGGGGAUAUUCUGAUGCUGAGAAGAACAAUAACGAAGCAUUCCAGACAGUCUGCUAAACCGAGUAAAAAAAAUACAAAAAAUGUAAAAGUUAUUUCUGUAUCUAUUUUAGACAUUUAUGAAGAGAGUUAAUAUACGAUAGUAAGCAUCCAUGCACUAAGCUGAAUUCUGCGUGUUACGGUAUACUCCAGAGAGAUUCGUUUUUUAUUUUUACUUCUAGAACUUAAGAUAAGAUGAGACCCUACUUGAAAUGCUGUGCUUGUCCGUGAGCUGAGCGGAUGACUUUAACAUUCAACGGCUGUCUGUUUGUUCUUAAAGCACUUGGACCAAAACUAGUCUCGCUUGGCAGACUCGUACAGUGGCUGUGGGAAAGAGACCAAAUCCAUUUCCCCUGGAACCAUUCAAACCUGUUGAAUAAGUUACUGACUGUUGUUUCAGUGUAAAGUCUUGUUGCUGUUCUGUUCUCUUAGUGUAGUCUUUUUAAACCAUUUACGCAAUGGUUUAUGGUUGAUUCCUGAUUGAUUCAUUUUGUUUUAUUAUUUCUUUGCAAUUUGUGUUAUGGUGGUCAAAUUAAGAAGAAAAAAAUGGCAAAGAAUUUAAAAAUAUAUAUUUUUAUGAUACAUCCAGUAAACAGGAAGAAGACAUGUGUUGUUGUCCUAUGGAACAGCUGUGCCCUGAGCUACUAGGAUAGGAUGUACUCUCCUCUCCUCUGGGCAGCCAUGUGGGUCAGAUGACAGGCCUGGGUGGGGUUGACUGAGACCACAAUCACCACGGGUCUAUUAAGCUAAGUGAAAUUCAACCAUUUGGAAUGCUGCAGAGAUACAUGUCACACAUAGACUUGACAUUAUUCCCUAUUCGACUCAGCAGAGAUACAUGUUACACAUUGACUUGACAUUAUUCCCUAUUCUACUCAGCAGAGAUACAUGUUACACAUAGACUUGACAUUAUUCCCUAUUCUACUCAGCAGAGAAGCAUGUCUGCACAGGACACAUUUCUCUCUGAACGUGCUGUAAUGCAGUCUGCUGGGUAAGUGAUAACUUCCAAGUUCAGGGUGUUUUCUUCUACUGAAGUUUGGCAUCCCGAGUGGCGCAGCGGUCCAAGGCACUGCAUCUCAGCGCAAGAGGCGUCACUGCAGUCCCUGGUUUGAAUCCAGGCUGCAUCACAUCUGGCUGUGAUUGGGAGUCUGAUAGGGCGGCGCAUAAUUGACCCAGCUUCGUGUGGGGUAGGCCGUCAUUGUAAAUAAGAAUUUGUUCUAAUUAAUUAAAUAAAUAAAUUAAAUGAAAAGUGUAUUCUCCGCUGUGCACAUGGUAGCCUGCCUAUGACAGUGAGAUGGACUCUAAUAUCGAGUUCCUCUGUCCACUAUGACCAACAACAUGCCCCAGACUCCCUUUGGAUGGAUAAAUCUCAAACCGACCAACCCAGAGACAAAUAUUCAGAAACCCUCUACAAACAACAACAAACUAUUUUAAACACAUGGCUCUGGGCCAAUCUCUCUCUCUCAAUUCAAUUCAAUUCAAUUGACUUUAUUGACAUGGCAAGUUCGUUAUUACUUACAUUGUCAAAGUAUACAUAUCGAAAAUAAAAAUCAAAUAUAUAUGUAUAUAUAUAUACGAAAUAUAUAUAUAUUUAUAUAUAAAUAAAUGGUGGGACCAACAGCAAUAAUAACAGUAGUAGUGGACAUGGGAUUACCAUUAACAACAACUACAACAACAAUAUAAUAUCUCUAUAAUAUCUCUCUCUCCCUCUCUCUCUCUCUCUCUCUCUCUCUCUCUCUCUCUCUCUCUCUUCCUCUCUCUCUCUCUCUCUCUCUCCCUCUCUCUCUCUCCCUCUUCCCCUCUCUCGCUCUCUCUUCCUCUCUCUCUCUCUCUCUCUCUCUCUUCCUCUCUCUCUCUUCCUCUCUCUCUCUCUCUCUCUCUUCCUCUCUCUCUCUUCCUCUCUCUCUCUCUCUCUCUCUUCCUCUCUCUCUCUCUCUCUCUCUCUUCCUCUCUCUCUCUCUCUCUUCCUCUCUCUCUCUCUCUUCCUCUCUCUCUCUCUCUCUCUCUCUCUCUCCCUCUCUCUCUCUCCCUCUUCCCCUCUCUCGCUCUCUCUUCCUCUCUCUCUCUCUCUCUCUCUUCCUCUCUCUCUCUCUCUCUUCCUCUCUCUCUCUCUCUCUCUCUUCCUCUCUCUCUCUCUCUCUUCCUCUCUCUCUCUCUCUUCCUCUCUCUCUCUCUCUUCCUCUCUCUCUCUCUCUCUCCCUCUUCCCCUCUCUCUCUCUCUCUCUCUCUCUCUCUCUCCCUCUUCCCCUCUCUCUCUCUCUCUCUCCCUCUUCCCCUCUCUCUCUCUCUCUCUCUCUCUCUCUCCCUCUUCCCCUCUCUCGCUCUCUCUCCCUCUCUCUCUCUCCCUCUUCCCCUCUGUCUCUCUCUCUCUCUCUCUCUCCCUCUCUCUCUCUCCCUCUUCCCCUCUCUCGCUCUCUCUUCCUCUCUCUCUCUCUCUCUCUCUCUCUUCCUCUCUCUCUCUCUCUCUUCCUCUCUCUCUCUCUCUCUUCCUCUCUCUCUCUCUCUCUCUCUUCCUCUCUCUCUCUCUCUCUUCCUCUCUCUCGCUCUCUCUUCCUCUCUCUCUCUCUCCCUCUUCCCCUCUCUCGCUCUCUCUUCCUCUCUCCCUCUCUCUCUCUCUCUCUCUCUCUCUCCCUCUUCCCCUCUCUCGCUCUCUCUUCUUCUCUCUCUCUCUCUCCCUCUUCCCCUCUCUCGCUCUCUCUUCCUCUCUCUCUCUCUCUUCCUCUCUCUCUCUCUCUCUCUCUUCCUCUCUCUCUCUCUCUCUUCCUCUCUCUCUCCCUCCCUCCCUCUCCCUCCCUCUCUCUGUCUCUGUCUCCAGCCCAUAGGAAUAGAAUUAUUGUACUAUUCUAAUUCUAAUAAUUCUAUACCCAAGCCGCUGAUUAUGAUUCAUAUUAGUGGUAGUCAUGCGUUAGGAAAAACAUUGAUCUGCGAUGUUCUGGACUGUGAGCCACUUACUUCCAGAGAUCAACUGGCGAAAAAGCUGGUUUAUCCUCUAGCUCUCUAGCCUCUGAACGAUGCCCCUGGCUGGCUCCCCCACGUGAUCACAUUCACCACAGCAGCACUGGAGAGACGGGAAAAAGAGAGAGAGAGACAGAGAGAGAGGGGAGGGGUAGAGAGAGAGAGUAGCACUGGAUAGAGAGAGGGGGGGGAGUGGGCAGAGCGAGUGGGAGGGAGGGAGAGAGAGAGGGGAGGGGUAGAGAGAGAGAGUAGCACUGGAUAGAGAGAGGGGGGGAGUGGGCAGAAUGAGUGGGAGGGAGAGAGAGAGGGGAGUGGUAGAGAGAGAGAGUAGCACUGGAUAGAGAGAGGGGGGGAGUGGGCAGAAUGAGUGGGAGAGAGAGAGGGGAGGGGUAGAGAGAGAGAGUAGCACUGGAUAGAGAGAGGGGGGGAGUGGGCAGAACGAGUGGGAGACAGAGAGAGAGGGGAGGGGUAGAGAGAGAGAGUAGCACUGGAUAGAGAGAGGGGGGGUGUGGGUAGAGCGAGUGGGAGGGAGAGAGAGAGAGAGGGGAGGGGUAGAGAGAGAGAGUAGCACUGGAUAGAGAGAGGGGGGGUGUGGGUAGAGCGAGUGGGAGGGAGAGAGAGAGAGAGGGGAGGGGUAGAGAGAGAGAGUAGCACUGGAUAGAGACAGGGAGUAGAGGGGGGAGAGAGAGGAGAGAGGGAGAGACAGAUCAACGCUGGAUAGAGAGAGGGGGGGAGUGGGCAGAACGAGUGGGAGGGAGAGAGAGAGGGGAGGGGUAGAGAGAGAGAGAGGGCGGGAUGUGGGCAAAGCGAGUGGGAGGGAGAGAGAGAGGGGAGGGGUAGAGAGAGAGAGUAGCACUGGAUAGAGAGAGGGGGGUGUGGGCAGAGCGAGUGGGAGAGGAGGGGUAGAGGGAGAGAGGGGGGGUGUGGGCAGAGCGAGUGGGAGGGAGAGAGAGGGAGAGACAGAGGGAGAGAGAGAGAGAGAGGAGAGAGAGAGAGAGGAGAGAGAGAGAGAGGAGAGAGAGUGGGAGAGGAGGGGUAGAGGGAGAGAGGGGGGGUGUGGGCAGAGCGAGUGGGAGGGAGAGAGAGGGAGAGACAGAGGGAGAGAGAGAGAGAGAGGAGAGAGAGAGAGAGGAGAGAGAGAGAGAGGAGAGAGAGAGGGAGAGAGAGAGAGGAGAGAGGGGAGAGACAGAGAUCAACGCUGGAUAGAGAGAGGACAGAGUGCGCCAAGUGAAUGUAACUGAAUACAUGUUCACUGCUCCUCUCUUUCCUUAAUCCCCAUGUUUAUGGGUUCAGCCCUCUCUGUAACCCCUCCCCCACUGUGUUAUCGCUGUGUAUCAUCACUGUGGCAUUUGGUUUAUUUAAUACCCUGCUCCUGCCCGUCCCUGACCGACUGGCUGUAAAUAUGGUAACUGGCACACUGACCAAACUGCAGCUAAAGCCACUUAAAUGGCACCCUAUCCCCUAUUUUAGUGCACUGCUUUUGACCAGAGCCCUCUGGCACCUAUUCCCUAUUUAGUGCACUGCUUUUGACCAGAGCCCUCUGGCACCCUAUUCCCUAUUUUAGUGCACUGCUUUUGACCAGAGCCCUCUGGCACCCUAUUCCCUAUUUUAGUGCACUGCUUUUGACCAGAGCCCUCUGGCACCCUAUUCCCUAUUUAGUGCACUGCUUUUGACCAGAGCCCUCUGGCACCCUAUCCCCUAUUUUAGUGCAAUGCUUUUGACCAGAGCCCUCUGGCACCCUAUUCCCUAUUUUAGUGCACUGCUUUUGACCUGAGCCCUAUGGGAUUGCAAACAUGGUGACUGGCCCACUGUCGAGGCUUCAGCAACUUCCCGAAAUUGUAUUUCUGUUACCAUGUUGCAUUAUUGGGGGGGAGGGGGGGGGUAGGUGAAAUAAGAUAAAUAAUGUUGACAUGUAAAAAUAAAAUUUCAGGAAGUUUUCUUUUAAAAGUGAUUACUUUAACGUGGUUUUACCUGAGUUACUUUUUUAAUUACCGCCCCUGCUAUUGACAUACAGCAGUUUGUAGGUUUGUGUGUAUGUCUCCUGUUGUGUUAGUGUGCCACUACCCAACCACUGUAAUAUGGUGUUAUUAUGCUGUUUAUAAACACUUUGUUUACUGCUUUAAUGACCACCGUCUGUUCUGUUUUUCAUUUGUAUUUUAAUGUAUCGUUUUUUUGCUGCCAUUUGAUAAAAUCAAUAAACCACUCCUGAUUUAUUGUA